AAGAUUACUUAUCUGUGGUUUCAAUGCGAUGUUUCAAUUUUCAUGGAUACAUACUUUAUUUACCUUCAAUCAUUGCAAAUACAAAACUAAUUUUUAUAAAAAAAUCUUUAGUCCACCAUGUUCGGUUGGAAUAUAUUUUGAGAGAUGUGUAAAUUAUAUUAUAAAUAAAGUUAUUUGUGACGGUGGGAGGCUUCAUAGUCGGCUUAGAUUUACAAAUAGUUUUUCCAAAUGUAUUGUUUUGAUAGAUAAUGGAUCCAAGAAUGUGUAGGAAAAUCUGUAGUAGUGAAAGUCUUCCAGAUGUUGAAAAUGAAGAAUUUCAAGUAUCGAGUAUUAUUGCGCCACAAGAAAGUGAAGAUAAUUUCAUGUUGGAGGGCAGUCCUGAACGUCACUCCGUUACUUGGCUCGACGACGAUCAAAUAGAUGAUUUAGAUCUUAAUUUAGAUCAUACUAACCUAUUUUUUCAUAGAGUUGAUAGUGCAGAUGUAAUAUACAGAAGCAAGAAGAAAAAAUGCAAAAUGGUAGGGAAGUAUGUAAUGGGCGAUGUUUUAGGCGAAGGUUCUUAUGGAAAAGUUAAAGAGAUGUUGGACUCUGAAACACUGUGCAGAAGAGCUGUGAAAAUAUUAAAAAAGAGAAAAUUAAGAAGAAUACCGAAUGGUGAACAAAAUGUUCAAAGGGAAAUACAGUUGUUGCGAAUACUUAGACAUAAAAAUGUGAUAGAACUAGUCGAUGUAAUGUACAAUGAUGAGAAGCAAAAAAUGUAUUUAGUUAUGGAGUUUUGUGUGGGUGUACUUCAGGAUAUGUUAGAAUCAAGUCCAGGUAAAAAGUUUCCUCAGCGGCAGGCACAUGAUUACUUUACUCAGCUGCUGGACGGCUUAGAAUACUUGCAUGGCCAGGGUGUAGUUCAUAAAGAUAUUAAACCUGGAAAUUUGUUAUUGACAUUGGACCAGACAUUAAAAAUUACUGAUUUUGGAGUUGCUGAAGCUUUAGAUAUGUUUUCCCCGGAAGACACAUGCUACACUGGACAAGGCUCGCCAGCCUUUCAACCACCUGAGAUAGCCAAUGGUGCUGAACAGUUCUCUGGUGUCAAAGUUGACAUAUGGAGUAGUGGAGUCACAUUAUACAACAUGACAACUGGUAGAUAUCCAUUUGAAGGUGACAAUGUUUAUCGACUACUUGAGGCAAUAGGUCGGGGAGAACCAGCACCUCCACCGUCCACCGUUGGGACCUUGCUCGGAACUCUUUUAAUGCAUAUGUUGAAGCGAAAUCCCGAUGAACGACCAACUGUACAGGAAAUUAAAAGGCACGACUGGGUGCGCUCGCGGCCGGCGCUGGCGGCGGGCGAGGCGGCGGUGCGCGCGCGCGGCCGGCGCUCCGACGAGCUGCACAGCUCCACCGUCGUGCCCUACCUCGUGGAGCGGCACUACGCCUCCGCGCACCGCUACUUCACGGAGCACGACCUGCGACACGAGAUGGGGUCGGGCGGGUCGCGUACUAUGUCGACCGCGGAGCUGUCGGACGGCGAGUCCACGCAGUGCAAGCGACGCUGGCACUCUUCUUGUGGCCGCCUGCCUUCCUGCCGUCUCACGUGAACCACGGAUUGCCUAUCACUAAAUCAUUUCGACCCAUCAGAUGAGCCUGUUUACGCAAAUCUAUAGGCUAUAUUAAAGUACUAUAUUGUUGCUCA